AUGCACCGCUCAGUGCUGAAACUGAAAGAACGGUACCAGCUCAGCUAUGAACUACCUCAUGAAGCGUACGCAUCGCAUGUCUACCCUCGUCAAUCGUCCAAGGGCUCCACGGUGGUGGUCUACGGUCACGAGCAAGGCCUGCGCCUCGUGUGGUACGCUGGGAAAGGUUUCAAACCCAAGAAAGAUACGCUGGCUCCGAAAGUCAAUGGAACUUCCAAGAGCGGUCCCAUGGUGAUCGACCUGGAUGACGAUGACGAGCCGACAGCAGCGGAGGAUACAGCAGCGCCGGCCGAAUUCGAAGAAGACGAAGAGGAAAUUGACCCAUAUGCUCCCUACCGGGACGUGGUACGCUACAUCGAUAUCCCUCUAGGUACACCAGCAACUCGGAUAGCUGUACCACAAAUUGCAAAAGACAUCCAUCAAGCGUCUCCAGGAGCAUGGCCCACCAUCUAUAACGACCGCAUCAUUGUCGCUGCAGCCUGCUCAGAUCUCGCGCUCCGAAUCAUAUCAGCACCUCUUGACCCUCCAGCUCCAGAAGUCCAGGAUCCCUCAAAGAUGGAUAUUCAAAUGGUCAAGCUUGAAGGCGCAAACUCGCACCAGCAAUUCGUGUCGGACAUUGCCAUAACGCAUACCGGGACUCCCUCGGGUGAACAGGAGGGCGCCGACGGACCAAACCAGUACAGGCCUCAAACCCGCUCACAGUCUCAAGCUCGCCAAGAGCCCGAAGACGCUCAUGCAGUUCAAUGGUCUCUACUCAUUGCCUCGAUAUCAUGCACUGGAUCCGGCCUGUUACUGGUUCACCGAAUACCAAUACGAAGAGAUCAGGUCUUGUCGGGUCCCGAGUAUUCUGUUCCAUUCAGGAGGACGUACCUUGCUACAUCGUCCGUGAGUGCCGAGCUGUCGUUCAACACCUCUCCGUACCCUGCAGAACGGCAUUCAUCCUUACUGGUCACGCUCCCUUCCAAUUCCACCGUCAAAGUCUAUCAAGUCUUCCAGCAAGCACACCCGAGGGAUCGCCGAGGAUCGAACGCAACGGACGCCUCCAUCUCAAGUACCCGGUCUGCAAGGACCAGUGGCACCGAUCGAGGGAGGUUCCUCAUCACCCUCCUCCCACCCUUCUGCCAACAAGACAACGAAGUCACCCACAGAAGGAAGCGAAUCCUCGCAGCAAAGUGGGUGGCAGCCGGCCGCGCUGUCAUAGCCUUGCUCGAUGAUGGAGAGUGGGGUAUAUGGGAUCUCGAGGCUGUGGGACCAACAUCAACUACCUCUGGUGCCAAUCUCAUUCGUGGCCAAGGGAACAUAUCUGGCAUUCACGGCGGCUCCUUGACUCGAUUUUCAGCCACCUCCCAUAUUUUGCCCUUCGCUGAAAUAAAGCAGAAGUCGUCGCACUCACAACCUCAACCAAGCUCAGGAUCCCUAGCGCCAAUGACUCCAUCAACUCGCAAAGUGCGAUCCGAGGGAUUGUUUCACGGCUCAAAGCCCAAUACUGGAGCGAACCAACCAAACGCCCAAGUACGUGGAUCCAUCGUCGUCGAAGAAAAGUCCUCCACCCGUCCAUCGCACGAUGAAUGCAUAAUCAUCAGCUAUGCCGAUGAAAUCCUCUACGUGCCAUCCAUCCUUGCAUUCUGGAAAGGUGAAGCAAAGCCUGUCCGCCUCCCUAGCGUCAGACUAGGAGGCCAAGCACCACGCUCGAUCAAUAUCCUUACCAUAUCUGCCUUACACGAUAAUCCCUUCUCCGCCAGCAGCGACUUCGACACGAUGCCAUCGACACCUGACACGCUCAUUCAAACAUCACAUCGCCUGAUCCUGUCACUGAACCCACUAUCUUCAAGCUCCAACUUAGCCAAUGCAUCUACCCUAAAUCCAGCCCCGCCAUCGGACCAGACGCUUCUCGCAUCCGGCGACCUCGACGUCGAAGGCAUGGAUCGCAUGCUCGAGGACAUGAGCGGCGCUGGUGCAACAAAGAGGCCGAUGAAUGUAUUCACCAAAAGCGUUGGCUUUCGCAUUGAUGAAGAUGGCGAUGGCGAUGGCGAUAUCGACAUGGCGGGAAGUCCCACACCUGCAAAGGCUGGACCAAGAAUCCCCAAUGGGAGAAAUUUCUUUGGAGGGGAGACCCCAGUGCCAAAGAGGAGGAUCUUCACGUGA